GAUCUUCCUCGGGAUCUCCUCAACACUCCAGAAACAUGUUGGACUACGAAUGGGACAACCCCUCCGCCGUUAUGAUAUCGGGAGAAGAGCGACACCAUCAACAGGACCUUGACACAACCCGAGCCUUGUCCAUUUUCGACCCGACCCAAACCAAUCAUCAUCAGUCUUCUAAUUACAACAACUUUUCUCCACCGAUGCUGUUUUCUUCGGCCAGCUUGUCUAACAUGCACCAACAACAUUUGACCGUCGCUUAUGGUGGUCAUCAUAUCCCAAACAACCAGUUCUUCUACGACUCACCACGCACCACCAGUACUAAUCCAUACGCCUACUCAUCCGAUUCCACCUACCAUGUUCACUCUUCUGCUUCAGCCUUGUUCUCAUUCGACCAAACACCUGGAUCCGCUUCUUCUUACAACUUCCUCAUACCAAAGACCGAAGUGGACGUCUCUCGGUCGUCGCUCGAUUUCAGCAGGAUCGGCCUCAACCUGGGGGGACGCACUUACUUCUCUGCCGGAGACGACGAUUUCGUGAGCAGGCUGUACAGGAGGUCUCGACCCGGUGAGCUGGGAAUGGGAAACUCCCUGAGCACUACUACUACUCCACGGUGCCAAGCGGAGAGAUGCAACGCAGAUCUGACCCACGCCAAACACUAUCACCGCCGCCACAAAGUGUGCGAAUUCCACUCAAAAGCUUCGACGGUUGUCGCCGCGGGGCUCAGCCAGCGCUUUUGCCAGCAAUGCAGCAGGUUCCAUUUGCUGUCGGAAUUCGACAACGGUAAACGGAGCUGCCGUAAGCGACUUGCUGACCAUAAUCGCCGCCGUCGUAAAUGUCACCAGUCAGCCUCCGCCACCCACGACAGCGGCAAACACACUCCGGAUAUUAUCACCACUCCAAAGUCAGCGAACGAUUCGGGUGUAAAGUCGUCGUCAGCGUCUCCAUCCAACGCGCCGACCCCAAUUUCAUUGGAAUGUUUCCGGCAAAGGCAGUUCCAAACUACAGCGUCGUCUUCCACGUCCCCAAUAUGGGGUAGCUUAGCUUCUACUUAUAAUAUUUAAGGUUGUCUUUGUUGUUGUUGGAGACCGAUAAGAAAUUAAUACUAGUUAUUUGGUCAUGUUACCUUUCCUACUUUCAAAUGUUUUAAAUGUGUGUUUGACUCAU